AUUAUUAAUUAUGUGUUAAAGUUUAACUUCAAAAAAUUAUAUUAAUCCUUAUCUUUGAAACUAGCAUUUUAAAAAAUAUCUAAAUAUUUGUUUACAUAAAUUAUAUUAAACUAAAUGGACAUUCAGUUACUAUUGGUAACACAGAGAUAAUCGAUCUAACUGUUUCUAUGUUCUUUGUUUACUUUAUAUUUUUAUUUUUAUUAAUUAAUAAAAUGGUAAAUUUCUGUUAAAAUUCAUAAAUCACUAGGUUAAUUUUUAAUAUUAUUCCUAAAAAAUGUAAAUUAAAGAAUAAAAAAAGUUGAACAUUUUUUUAGUCAAAAAUGGCGACAAAAAGUAAUUUGACACCAAGUGAGUUAUCAGCCCGAAAGCGUAUAAUUAUGGAUAGAAUAAAGCAUAAAUAUACCAAAAAAUCAAAAAUCUCCAACACAGAUUUUACGGAAACUUUAAAUAAAAUGAAAGAAGCAAAAGAAACACGAGAAAAACGUGAGGAAUUCCGUUCAAAAUUAGUAACCGCUUAUGGGGAGCAUUUAAAAUCAGAAGAAUUCAAAGACAUGGGUGUAGAUACCGAGAAAUAUUUGAAAUACUACUUUUUUAUAAGACAAGGAGCUGAAGCGGAUACUAGAUAUUUAGCUCCAAUAGAUCCUAAAAUGGUGACUGGUAUUCUUAGCAGACUGUCAAAAGAAUUCCAAAACUCUCCUUUUUUAUCUGACUUUAAAGAAGAAAUACUUAAUGAAUGCUAUUUGAAAUCAAUGAAAGAAGCCAUAGUUACUUAUGCAUUAAAAGAUAUCUAUUCUAUGCGAAACGAUUUACCUAAGUUGGAUACACCAUUACGAAAAGAGUUGAGGCAAUAUAGUUCUCAAUGGAAAAAGUCAAUGAUAAAAGCGUCCACAUUUCUUCGGGAAAAUUUACACCAAGCAAAUCCAUUGGUUACUGAAAUGAUCAAACUAUGGCAUAAAGAAUUCGAACCAACAAAAAUAUUAGACUAUAUGAGUAUGACUACUAGAGACAAGUACACAUUGCCUGAAUAUGUAAGCACUGUACGUCAAUGUAUUAUCGAAGCAAGUGGUACUAUGCGUGAUAGAUGGUUCCAAUCUGUAGAACAGCUUUUUAAAAACCCUAAAUUCUAUCGCUGUAUUCCAAAAAAAGACAAUGUCAAAAAACAAGUUUCUUUUUACAACUGUGUUGCAUAUGUAAUGAAAGUAAAAUACCAAGACUAUGUUUAUAAAGAAAUGAAGCAAUUUACUGAUUUCAUGUGCAACCCCAAAACUAAUCCUGGAUUUGUUACCUAUCUUAUGUACAGAAAUAAAACACUGCAGUUUUUACCAAGUUAUAAGAAAAUUAAAGAACUCAAUAUGUCUGUUUACGAUCAAAUAAAGGAAAUGGUUAUGAACCUAGAAAGAAUUGAACAUCGAAUUAACAAUGAAUAUAAUCAUACAACUAAAAUUUUAAAUGUUGGUGUAAACAUGGAAUUUGUUUACGAACAAAAGCAAAAACUCGGAUCAGUUUUAGACGAUUAUUGGGUUUUGCCUGAAUUAGCCAUUCAUGAUCUUGACAAUUAUUUAUAUUUAGUAAACGGAAGAGCCCAAUUUGAAAUAGAUAAAUUUUUGUCAACAAAUCACACCCUCGAAGAGUAUAAAGUUUACGUAGCAAAGUACCAUGAAAUUGCGUUAAAUAUACCAGUAGAUAUCAGUCCAGAAACAGUAGUUGGUAUUUUUGAAAUUAGAAGAGGUGAAACAAUUAGAACUUUGUGUAAACAAGCGGAAAAAUUUAAAAAUACCAUAAUAGAUAAAAUGACAGCAUCUUAUUUGGCAUUAGGAAAAAAAUUAAACGAAGAAUACAGUCAUUUACAAAAUGUUGCCCUAACUCCUCCAGUAAAUACUAAAAGUUUAGUUAAUUUAAAAAAGUACAUAGUUGAUAUUCAAAAUGAUGUCAUUCCUGAAAUGGAAGAAAGGGUUAAAGUAGUUUUAUCUUACGAGCUAUUUCUAUCUGACUAUACACUUUUAACUGGCGUGGAAUUAAAGCAAAAUGGCAAGACUUUUCAGUGGGUUGAGCUGAUAAAUCAUGUAUUUACAGAAAAUGCAAGAAUGGUCGAAGAAAAAACAAAAGAGCUCCAAGAUUACUUGUUAAGCCGUAUCAACAAAUUUAAAAUCGAGUUAGAAAACUAUCAAGAUCAAGUUGCAGAAUUCAAACAAUUCGGAAAUAUUGAAAUGCUACCGAUAUAUUUGGACAAAGCCAGAAGUUUAGAUACCAAAAUGAAUAACGCUUUAGAUAUCAUAGAUGGAUUUAACGAGGAAGAAAAACAUUUUGGAUGGAAAGAAAGUACAUAUCCACUAAGAAAAAUAGUCGCAGAUACUCUGGCGCCAUACAAAAAGUUGUAUGAUAACUGUUCAGAAUUUAUGGUAAACUAUGAUAAGUGGAUGAAUGCUAAAAUUGGAACGUAUGAUCCUGAAUUAAUUGAACAAGAUACAACGUUAUACUUCAGAAAUAUAGUUAAAUUAGAGCGUAUAUUUUCUGAUAAUCCAGCGCCUUUAGCAAUUGCGGUCGCGGUUAAACAAUCUGUUGAAACUUUUAGAGAACAUAUGCCUGUAGUACUAACAUUAGGUAAUCUUGGUUUAAAAGAUCGUCACUGGGAAAAAAUAUCAGAAAUAAUUGGUUUUCCAUUGCAUUCUAAUCAAAAUUUAACAUUAGCAAAAAUAAUGGAUUAUAAUUUGGAUGAAUUUGUGCCUAAAUUUGAAGUAAUUAGUGAAGGAGCGUCUAAAGAAACAUCAUUAGAAAAAAAAUUGGACGCUAUGGAAGAAGAAUGGAAAUAUUUACAUUUUAAUCUGUUGUCAUAUAGAGAUUCUGGAACCAUGAUUUUAUCAGGAGUAGAUGAGGUGCAACUUCUUCUUGAUGAUCAUAUUUUAAAAACAGCGACCAUGAAAAAUUCACCUUUUAUUAAACCAUUUGAAGAAAGAAUCAAAAUUUGGGAAGGAAAACUGCAUCUUCUAAAUGAUAUUUUAGAUUAUUGGGUCAAAGUUCAAAUAGCUUGGAUGUAUUUAGAACCGAUAUUUUCUUCACAAGAUAUUCAAACUCAAAUGCCUGAAGAGUCAAGAAGGUUCAAUGCUGUUGAUAAAGUUUGGCGGGAUAUGAUAAAAGAAGCACAAAAAAUUAAAAAAGUUAUACUUGCAAUUAAUAUUGACAAGUUAUUGGAAAAACUAAAAAAGAGUAAUAGCCUGUUAGAACUUAUCCAAAAAGGCUUAAACGAUUAUUUGGAAAAAAAACGUCUAUUUUUCCCGAGAUUUUUUUUUUUAUCAAACGAUGAACUCUUAGAAAUAUUGUCAGAAACUAAAGACCCCACUAGAGUUCAACCAUAUUUAAAAAAAUGCUUUGAAGGAAUCGCAAAAUUGAAAUUUACACCAGAGUUGGAUGUAACUUGCAUGUUAUCUAGUGAAAAUGAAGCUGUUGAUUUGACAAUAGUUGUCGACACCGCAAAAGCCAGAGGUCAAGUAGAAAAAUGGCUUGUUGAUUUAGAAAAUUCAAUGAGAGCAACUGUACGAGAAGUAAUUAAAAGGGCGUUAGUUGCUUACAAAACUGUAGAAAGACAAACAUGGGUAGUUCAGUGGCCAGGACAACCUGUUCUAGCUGUAUCAUGUACAUACUGGACUACUGAAGUCACUCAAGCCAUAUUACAUCAUCCUAGAGGAUUGGUCAGAUAUUUAGAUAAGAGCAACGAUCAAAUAGCUAAAAUUGUUAAGCUUGUCAGAGGAAAGUUAUCAGUUCAAACAAGAUUGACACUUGGUGCUUUAGUUGUUAUGGAUGUGCAUGCGAAAGAUGUAGUCGAAGAUUUAACAAAGAAAGGAGUAAGAAAAAUUAAUGACUUUAAUUGGAUUUGUCAAUUGCGCUAUUAUUGGCUAGAAGAAGAUUUAGACACCCACAUGGUAAAUGCAUCUUUAAAAUAUGGUUACGAAUAUUUAGGGAAUUCUACUAGACUUGUCAUUACUCCAUUAACGGAUCGUUGCUAUCGCACAUUAUUUUGUGCAUUGCAACUGAAUUUAGGUGGUGCUCCUGAAGGACCAGCCGGCACAGGAAAAACAGAAACUACUAAAGAUUUAGCAAAAGCUGUGUCGAAACAAUGCGUUGUAUUUAAUUGUUCAGAUACUAUGGAUUACAUUGGACUAGGGAAAUUUUUUAAAGGCCUUUUAUCCUGCGGCGCUUGGGCUUGCUUUGAUGAAUUUAAUCGAAUUGAUUUAGAAGUUCUUUCAGUUGUAGCCCAACAAAUAUUAACUAUACAACGAGGAAUUCAAGCUAAUUUAGUUAAGAUACACUUUGAAGGGUCUACCUUAAAUUUAGAUAGAACAUGUGCCGUUUUUAUCACUAUGAAUCCUGGAUACGCGGGACGAUCAGAACUGCCUGAUAACUUGAAAGCAUUAUUUCGUUCAGUGGCUAUGAUGGUUCCAGAUUAUGCACUUAUAUCUGAGAUAAAAUUGUAUUCUUUUGGAUUUCAUUUUGCACGUUCUUUAGCAGUAAAAAUCGUGGCCACUUACAAAUUAUGUUCGGAACAGCUUUCUUCACAACAUCAUUAUGACUAUGGAAUGAGAGCCGUCACAACUGUACUUUUAGCUGCUGGAAAUUUAAAACUAAAAUACCCAGAAGAAAAUGAAAACAUUCUCAUGUUACGUUCCAUCAACGAUGUUAACUUACCAAAAUUUCUUGAACAUGACAUUCCACUUUUCAAAGGCUUAACAAAAGAUUUGUUUCCUGGGAUCGAAUUGCCUGAUCCAGAUUAUAGUAUUUUUAAUGAAUGCGUAAAUGAAUCAUGUCGAAAUUUAAAUUUACAAUGCACUUCAUAUUUUUUACAAAAAAUUCAACAACUGUAUGAAAUGAUGAUCGUAAGACACGGUUUAAUGAUCGUCGGCUUUCCAUUCAGUGGUAAAACAUCUGCGUACAAAGCGCUCGCUGGUGCUUUAUCCAUCAUUGAAGAAAAGGGCUUAUUAAAUGAGCAUAAAGUAGAAAUCAUGGUGAUUAAUCCAAAAUCCAUAACUCUUGGACAACUUUAUGGACAGUUCGAUAAAAUAUCACAUGAAUGGUCCGAUGGUAUUCUAGCAGUAGGCUUCAGGCAGUUCGCAUCUUCAGAAAAUCUUAAUAGAAAAUGGUUAAUAUUUGAUGGGCCAGUAGAUGCUAUCUGGAUAGAAAACAUGAAUACUGUACUGGAUGACAAUAAAAAACUUUGUUUGAUAUCAGGAGAAAUUAUUCAACUAGCUAAUACAACUAAUUUAGUAUUUGAACCAAUGGACUUGGAUGUAGCAUCUCCAGCUACAGUAUCUCGAUGUGGAAUGAUAUAUAUGGAACCUUCAUCAUUGGGUUGGGAAUGUUUAGUCCAAUCAUGGAUUAAUCAGUUGUCGUCGUUGAUAAGUAUUCAAUAUAAACAGAUGUUACAAGCACUCAUUUUGAGAUUUACCAAUGUUAUACUAUACUACUUGAAACGUUGUAUUGUAGUAGAAAUUUUUCCAUUGAGUAAUGCCAAUCUUGUUAGAUCAAUGAUGAAUAUUUGCGAUACUUAUAUGAAUCACUAUAAAGAUGAAGAACAAAUGAAGACAAUUUCACAAUCUGAUCUUAGAGCACAACUCGAAGGCAUAUUUUUUUUCUCUUGUAUCUGGUCUAUGGGAGCCUCUCUUGAUAUUCAAAGUAGAAGUAAAUUCAAUAUAAUAUUUCGUGCUUUGUGUGAAAAGAAAUUCCCAAAAAAGGUCGCUAGGAUUUUUAAACUGCCUUUAGAAAUAUGUUCGUCACCUGAUAAACCAUACAUGAAUACUCCCCCUAAGGAAUAUACAGUGUUUGAUUAUAGAUACAUUUUGGAAGGCCAUGGCAGAGGCGAAUGGAAGUUAUGGUCCGAAUACGUAUCUGAAGCACCGCCUUUACCUCAAGGAGUACCAUUCAAUGAAAUUAUCGUACCUACAAUUGAUGUGAUUAGAUAUCAAGUACUAAUGUCUAUGUUAAUAGCUCAUAGCAAGCCAAUGAUGACAGUAGGAAAAACAGGCACAGGAAAGUCAACUUAUACCAUGAAUUAUAUUUUCAAAAAACUUGAUAAAACGCUCAAUCAAUCGUCUUUUAUUAAUUUCUCAGCUCAAACUUCAGCUAACCUCACACAAGAUAUUAUUAUGAAUAAAUUAAUAAAAAGGCGACGAGGAGUAUAUGGCCCACCAGUUGGAACCAAAUGCAUUAUAUUCAUAGAUGACGUAAGCAUGCCACAAAAAGAGUUCUAUGGGGCACAGCCACCUAUUGAACUUUUAAGGCAAUUUUUGGAUAAAUUUCCAUGGUUUGAUCGAAAAGAUAGGACUCCUAUGACUCUCCAAGAAGUUUUAUUAUUAUGUGCUAUGGGACCACCGUCUACAGGUAAUACAGUAACACCAAGAUUCAGUCGACACUUCAAUAUAGUUGUAAUUAACGAAUUUGAUGAUUUAACUAUGGUAUCAAUAUUUAGUAAAAUUCUACUAUGGCAUUUGGAUACAAGAGGCUUCAGUCGAGAAUUUGAUUCGUGUAUGCAUCAAAUAGUUGACGCUACUUUAGAAGUACACAAAAAUAGUAUCAACUUUUUACUACCAACUCCUAAUAAAUCACAUUAUUUAUUUAACUUGAGAGACUUCUCUAAAGUUAUACAAGGUGUAAUGUUUUCUGCACCUGAAACUAUUCAAGACUCUGUUGCCAUGAAACGUCUUUGGGUUCACGAAAUUCUCAGAGUAUACUACGAUCGUUUAGUAGAAAAUUCCGAUCGCUGCUGGUUUUUCGAGACAAUUUAUUCAGUUUGUAAAAAUAAUUUAAACGAAGAAAUGAAUGAUAUGUUUUCUCAUUUGACCAACGACAACAAUGAGGUCGGUAAAGAAGAAUUGCGACAGUUAAUAUACUGUGACUUUUCAAAUCCGAAAGCUGAAGCUAGACAUUACACUGAAGUGAAUAAUUUAAAUAACCUUCGAUUAGUCGUUGAAGGUUACUUAAAUGAAUUUAACAAUAUGAGUAAAAAACCUAUGCAUCUAGUACUAUUUAGAUUUGCCAUUGAGCACCUAUCAAGAAUUUGUAGGAUAUUUAAACAACCACGCGGACAUGCUUUAUUAGUUGGCUUAGGAGGAUCAGGUCGCCAAUCAUUGACUAGACUCUCUGCACACAUUUCAGAAUACGAUUUAUUCCAAGUUCAAAUGACUCGUUUAUACGGUAUGAAUGAAUGGAAUGAAGACAUGAAGUCAAUACUAAAAAAGGCGACACUUGCGUUAGAUCAGCAUGUAGUAUUCCUGUUUAGUGAUAACGAAAUUAAAGAGGAACGAAUGAUAGAAGAUAUCAAUAAUUUAUUAAAUUCAGGGGAGGUACCUAAUUUGUUUGAAACUGAUGAAAAAAUUGAAUUGUGUGAGAAAAUUCGCGUAUUAGACAAACAACGUGAUAAAACUAUACAAACUGAUGGAAGUAUGACCGCCUUGUUUAAUUACUUCGUUCAGUUAGUAAAAGAACAACUCCACGUGGCUUUAACUUUUAGCCCAGUUGGCGACAGUUUCCGUAAUAGGAUAAGAAAGUUUCCGUCUUUAGUGCAGUGUUGUACAAUUGAUUGGUUUCAGGCUUGGCCAGCUGAUGCAUUGUUGGCCGUAGCAACAAAAUUUUUAGGAAAUGUAGAAUUAUCUGAGCACGAACGAGGAGUUUGUAUACACAUGUGUCAAUCUUUUCAUACAACCACUCAGAAUCUAUCCCAUGAAUUUGAAAUUAGAUUAAAAAGGAAAACUUACAUAACACCAACAUCAUUUUUAGAACUAAUAUCUACGUUUAAAGAUAUUUUGGAAAAGAAAAGACAGGAAAUACUUGCAUCGAAACGUCGUUACGAAGUUGGUUUAGAAAAACUCCAAGCUGCUGCAGAUGACAUAGCAAUUAUGCAAGAAGAACUUAAAGUAUUGCAACCAAAAAUUUUAUCAGCUACGGCUGAGGCUAAACUUAUCAUGCAGCAAGUUGAAAAAGAAAAUCAAGAAGUAUCUAAGGUUAAACAGGUUAUCAAACGUGAUGAAGAAGAAGCAAUGGUAACUGCAGCCAAAGCCCAAGAGAUUAAAGAGGAAUGUGAUGCUCAUAUGGAAGAGGCCAAACCAGCAUUAAAUGAAGCACUAGCGGCUCUUAAUACCCUUACUUCUAACGAUAUAACAUUUGUCAAAUCAAUGAAAAACCCGCCUAAAGCAGUAAAACUAGUAAUGGAAGCUGUUUGUAUUUUGAGAGACACUAAACCAGAAAAAAUCACAGAUCCAUCCACGGGUAAAGCUGUCGAAGAUUUUUGGGGACCAUCAAAAAGAUUACUUAGUGAUAUGAAGUUUUUGGAAAAUCUAAUAAAUUAUAAUAAAGAUGAUAUUCCCAUAAAGAUAAUGCAAACUAUUCGUACAAAAUAUUUAACUAACCCAGAAUUCACACCAGAUAAAGUAAAAAACGCUUCAAUUGCAAUCCAAGGCUUAUGCAAGUGGACUAUAGCAAUAGCAAAAUACGACUUAGUUGCUAAAGAAAUUGCACCAAAAAAACAGGCUCUCGCUCAAGCUGAAGCAAUGUAUAAAAGUGCGAUGGAUGCACUAAAUGAAAAACGAUCUCAACUGGCUGCAGUAGAAAAAAAAAUGAAAGCAGUACAAGAUGACUUGGAUAGUAAUGAACGUCGUUUGAAGGCUUUCCAAGACGAAUCAAAUUUAGUUCAAACUAAACUUCAAAGAGCUGAAGAUUUAAUAGGUGGUUUAGGAGGUGAGAAAAGCAGAUGGCAGCAAAGUGCAUUUGAUCUAGGAGAACGAUAUGAAAACCUUACAGGAGACAUGCUGAUGAGUUCUGGAAUUAUAGCGUACUUAGGUCCAUUUACAUUGGAUUUCAGAAGUAAACAAAUUAAAGAAUGGGCUAAGAACAUAAUAACCAAUGGAUUAGUGUGUUCAGAUAAUUUUCAACUAAGUGUAGUUCUUGGAAGACCAGUAGAUAUUAGGACUUGGAAUAUUGCAGGAUUACCAACCGAUUCUUUUUCGAUAGAUAACGGAAUUAUAGUCGUUAAUGCUAGGCGAACAUCUCUUAUGAUAGACCCACAAAGUCAAGCUAAUAAAUGGUUAAAAAAUAUGGAAAUAGAUAAUUCAUUAAACAUCCUACGAUUUAAUACACCAAAUUACGUAAAAAUAUUAGAACACGCUAUAACAAACGGCCAACCGGUAUUACUAGAAAAUAUUUAUGAAGAAUUAGAUCCAAUAUUAGAUCCCGUACUUUUAUUACAAAUAUUUUUAACAGGUGGUACUUACUGUUUAAAACUAGGUGACUCUAUAGUUGAAUACAAUAAUCGUUUCAGAUUUUAUAUAACAACAAAAUUGAGAAACCCUCAUUAUUUACCAGACGUCGCCGUCAAGGUAGUAUUAGUCAAUUUUAUGAUUACACCAAUCGGACUAGAAGAUCAGCUAUUAGGGGUGGUAGUAGAAAAGGAUAGGCCAGAUUUACAAGCCGAAAAAAAUCAAUUGAUCGUACAAGGAGCAGAAAAUGCUAGACAAUUAAAAGACAUUGAAGACAAAAUACUGCAAGUCUUGAGUUCAUCUGAAGGAAAUAUUUUAGAAGACGAAGAGGCUGUAAAUAUAUUAAGUUCAUCGAAAGUGUUGGCUAAUGAAAUUCAAGUAAAACAAGCCGAGGCUGAAAUAACUGAACGUACUAUUGACAAAACGAGACUUCAGUAUCAAAAAGUUGCAGUUUAUUCAACGACUUUAUUUUUCAUAAUUGACACUUUAGCCAACAUCGAUCCGAUGUAUCAAUACUCUUUAACUUGGUUUAUUCGCUUAUUCAUUGCAACCGUAGAGAACAGUCCAAAACGAGAUAAAAUCGAAGAAAGAACAGAUGCUUUGAUAACAUACUUUACAUAUUCGUUGUAUGUUAACGUCUGUCGCAGUUUAUUUGAAAAGGAUAAAUUACUGUUUUCUUUUAUAAUGGCCAUAAAACUUUCUAAAGAUAUCUGCAGUCAAGAAGAAUGGAUAUUUUUUUUGACGGGUGGCGUAAGUUUAGAUAAUCCAAUAAAAAACAACAUUAAUUGGUUGCAAAAUUUAAGCUGGGACGAACUUUGCCGUUUAGAUGAUCUAUCAAAAUUCAAGGGUAUAAAAGAGGAUUUUGAAAAAAAUGGACAUAAAUGGAAAGAACUGUAUGAUUUACACGAACCUCAUCUUGCAAAAUUUCCAGAGCCAUGGGAAUCGCGUCUUAAUUAUUUUCAAAAAUGCAUAAUAAUACGUAUAAUCCGAUAUGACAAGGUCGUACCGGCUAUACGAUAUUUUAUUGCAAACAAAUCUCCUUUGGAAAGUAAAUUUAUUGAACCUCCUCCCUUUGAUUUAGCAUCAAUAUUUUUAGACUCGGACUGCACAUCUCCUUUAGUAUUUGUUUUAACUCCAGGAGCUGAUCCAACCGCAAUGUUACUUAAAUUUUCAGAGAAAAUGGGAUUUAGUACUAGACUGGCAUCUUUAUCGCUGGGUCAAGGUCAAGGCCCGAUAGCAGCAAGACUUAUUGAAGAAGCUACAAGAAAUGGAAAUUGGGUAUUAUUACAAAAUUGUCAUUUGGCUCAGAGCUGGAUGCCAGAACUUGAAAAGAUCUGUGAAAGUUUUUCCGUUGAUACAACAAGUUCAGAAUUUAGACUUUGGCUUACAUCAUACCCAGUAGAUUAUUUUCCAGUUUCUAUACUGCAAAACAGCGUAAAAAUGACAAACGAACCUCCAAAAGGUCUUCGAGCUAAUAUCUAUCGAUCUUUUAUGAGCGACCCAAUAGUAAAUCAAGAGUUCUUUGAAGGUUGCAAACAAAGUGACAGCUUUAAAAAACUCCUCUUUUCACUAUGUUUCUUUCACGCACUUAUACAAGAACGUAGAAAUUUUGGACCGAUCGGUUGGAAUCGUUCGUAUGAAUUCAAUGAAACUGAUCUCAGAAUCAGUGUUAUGCAAUUGCAAAAUUUUUUAAAUGAAUACACAAACAUUCAGUACGAUGCUUUGCGAUACCUCACAGGCGAAUGUAAUUACGGUGGUAGAGUUACAGAUGAUUGGGAUCGUAGAUGCCUUUCAACUUUUUUAAACAAAUUUUACUCUAAAGCUGUAAUUAAAGUGCCAAAGUUUAAAUAUGAUAAGUCUGGUUUAUACUAUUGUCCCGAAUUCAACGGAUACAACGAAAUAAUAGAAUAUAUUCAAGGUCUUCCUCAAAUUACAAAACCAAAUAUUUUUGGAUUACAUGAAAACGCCGAUCUGAUUAAAGAAAGACAAGAAAGCGAUGGCCUUUUAAAUUCUGUCAUCAAAACUCAGAACUUGUCUAGUUCAGGUGAUGGGCAAGGGAUAUCUUCAGAAGAGCUAGUAGUCAUUUUCGCCGUAGAUAUUCUUAAUAAACUACCAAAACCAUUUGACAUAAUAACAGCUUUAGAAAAAUAUCCAACAACUUACAAUCAAUCAAUGAAUACAGUUUUGGUACAAGAAAUGGGUCGGUUUAACAUAUUGUUAAAUGUUAUCACGUCAAGUCUGAUAAAAAUUCAAAAAGCCGUUAAAGGACAGAUUCUUAUGUCUUUUGAACUUGAAGAAGUAUACCAAAGUAUUUUAACUGGAAAAAUUCCAGGCGUUUGGGCCAAAAACUCAUACCCAUCUCUUAAACCAUUAGGAAGUUACCUAAAAGAUUUUUUACAAAAGUUGAUAUUCUUUCAGAAAUGGUUCAAUAACGGUGUUCCUGAUGUAUUUUGGAUAUCAGGAUUUUAUUUUACACAAGCAUUUUUGACAGGAUCUCAACAAAAUUUUGCAAGAAAAUACAAAAUACCAAUAGACUUGUUAACAUUUGACUAUAAGAUAAUGGACAGAAAAAUAAAAAUUACUGCAUGUCCCGAGGACGGUGUUUAUGUUUAUGGUCUAUUUUUGGAUGGAGCAAGGUGGAGCAAUAAAAAAGCAAGUUUACAAGAAUUAAAGCCAAAAGUUUUGCAUGACAUUGUACCAAUUAUUCAUAUGAUACCUGUAAAAAAGGAAAAUCUCAAAUCACUUGGGUUAUAUGUAUGUCCGAUGUACAAGACAGCUGAAAGAAGAGGCACGUUAUCUACCACCGGUCACUCAACUAACUUUGUUAUUGCUUUAGGAAUUCCUACAAUUAAAUCAGCUGAGCAUUGGAUUAUGAGAGGGGUUGCUCUGCUUUGUCAACUAUCUCAAUAAUAUCAGAAUUAUGUGCUAACAUAAUCAUUACAUAUUUCUGUAGAUGAAUUACAAAGUCGUCCAGUUUAAAACAAUCAAAUUUUAUUAGAUUUUUGUAAUCUCUUUAAAUAACUUGAUUUUCUUUCAUUUUAAAUUGAAUAAUUGAAUGAGUUCAAGAUCGUAUUAAAAUAAAAGGU